CAAGAUCACUUCUAGCGCUCGAACAAUCCUUUGAGUUAUCACCUAUCAUGGCAGACAGAGGAGAAAGGAAUUUGGAAAGGAGGAGGGAACGUAGAUCCGUGUCCCCGAACCGCUCAGAUCGCCAUAAGCAUCGCGAGAGAUCACCACCGUCUCGCCACCACAAACACCACCACCGCCGAGAGAGAGUAGCCACAGCUCCAGUAGAGCUGCCGUAUAACUCGCGGCAACUCACCAAACAUGAUUACAGAGCGUUCAAACCUAUGUUUGCCCUGUAUCUUGAUAUUCAAAAGGGCAAAGUUCUAGACGAUCUCGACGAAACUGAAGCACGGGGUCGGUGGAAGAGCUUCAUUGGCAAGUGGAACCGAUGCGAGCUAUCAGAAGGCUGGUAUGACCCGUCAACCUACCAAAAAGCUGUGGCGGCAGUGUCAGAACUUGAACCAGAAUCACGUGAUUCGGAGCCACCAUCUCGCGAUGCUCCCAAACAACGGUAUCAGAGAGACGAACCAAGCAGACGGGAAGAUCCAGAGAGUAGUAGCGAUGAUUCUGUUGGCCCUGCUCUCCCCGGCCAAGAAGGUCGACAAGGGAGGGGUCGGAUGGGACCCAGCAUUCCCAAUAUGCAAGAUCUGGAGCUGAGGCGAGAAAACGAGUCCGAAGAAGCCUAUACGCGACGAAAAGAGCAGCGCGAAGACAUGAAGUAUGCACGCAAACUUGAUCGUAAGGGGCAAAAGGAGGCCCUGGAUGAACUUGUGCCUCGUGCCGAAGCUGGAACGCGAGAAAGACAGCUCGAGAAGAAACGCGAAAAGAACGAGACGAUGAAGUCUUUCAGAGAUAAGUCGCCUGGAGCGGCGGAAGUGCCCGAGAGCGAGUUAAUGGGCGGUGGGGAUAGCUUGGGUGAGUUUAAAGCCAAGAAGCAGGAGUUUGAGAGGAAGAAGAAUGAUAGGGAGCUGAGGAGAGAGGAGAUGCUUAUGGCGAGGGCGGCGGAGAGAGAUGAGCGAUUGCAGGAAUACAGGGAGAAGGAAGAUAAGACAAUGGCGAUGCUCAGGGGGUUGGCAAGACAGAAUUUUGGGGCAUAAGCAGUUUACGUGUAUUUGGAUGUGUUGGAGCCUUGGUUUCCUGGGUUUGGUAUAAUAGCUUUAGCGGAACAUAACUAAUGGCUACUGUCAUAAAGCAACAUUUAGCCC